AUGGCGUCGGUUGUUACAACGGGCAGUUCUUCUGGGUCCAGUAGCAAGCAAAUACCUUUGCUAUGCAGCGUUUGCCCUGAGACACCCCGGUUCUCUGACGUAUCGCACCUCCUCACGCAUAUUGCCUCCAAAGGCCAUCUUCAUCAUGAAACUCAGACGAAGCUGAAGGCCCAUCAGGAUAUUUCAGCCUCCAUCUCCCUUCAGCAACUCAAGCGAACCGAGUCCGACACUCCUGUAAAGAAUGAGCGCGAAGAAUAUCCCCUAGAAUUCCCCGUCUAUCCAGGAUUCUUCCCAUCCGAUAAUGAAAACGAUACUCCAGACGACUUUUUCGGAUCGGCCGACAUGAUGGCACUGAAAGGUCAAGUUUGGCCAGGGAUGGGCAAGAUGGAUUUGGCAAAUGAGGAUAUGAAGCGUACUCGCAACCAGAGGAAGCCCAAAUCUGUCAUUGAGAAAAUGAGGAGAACGUCUGAAGGCAUUGAGCCCACACAAGUUGUGAUGACGGCCGAGUUUGAGGUUGAAAGGAUCAAAGAUGUGUACGAUAGCUCUUCCCCGGUGCCAGACCAGGAGGAAGCGACUCCGCCCAAAAAGGUAGCGAAGCCUCGACGGAAGCGAGGGGAGCCUUUGGCCGAGAUUUCUGCCAACAUUACUCGAGGAAAUAGCCGUCGUAUCACACGCAGCAAUCUUGGCCAAGAAAAAGGUUCUAAGCCGCUUCUGGGGUACAGCCGGACUUCAAGCUCCGAUAUUACACCCCUUGGACAGUUUAAACGUUCUCACGACAUAUUCCGAGAUGAAGAUACGAUCACUGGCCUCUACGAUAAUCGAUCGCUGUCUGCUUCAUCCCACAGAGAACCAAGGUUUGAUCUACGCAGUCGAGUUGGGUUGCACCAGUUGAACCCGAUAUCACACUCUAAUCUUGUGUCCCCCACGCCGCCAUCGCGGGAUAUACCAGAUAGAUCAUUCUCAGCACGGGAGCUUACGAGAGGCGCUCUGAACCACUCGGACCUAUCAUAUUCUCUGAAUGGAACAUCGAUCUAUAAUAACCCACCGCGCUUUCCUUUCUCUUCAAGCAACCAUUUCAAUGGUCUUAGCCAUGACCAUUUUCGUCUUUCUUCGGGCCACCAUGCUCAGCAAAAGAUGGAUGAUUUCUCUAAUCCUAGUACUAAUGAUGUAGCCGCAGCGGCAAAUCAGUUCCUUGAUAUGCCCGGAGCGAAUCCGCUAUUCUCGCAAGAUCGUCUCUUCUUUGGGUCCUGCGGUCAAUCGAGCUCUGCACAAAGCAUGUCUUCGUUGGGAUUUACAUCGAUAAAUCGCAAUCAAGAUGCCGCCCAUUCGAUGCGCCAAAACCAUGACCAAUCUCAAUCCACUGCAAGCAUCAAACUUGAGCCACAGCUCUGCGAUGUUCUAGAUGAUGGCAAUAUUGACGACGAAAAAGAAUCACGCUAUCCCUUACACGGUAUUUGGGAGUCACAAGGCUCUGAAAAUGGCGUAGAUAUCAACGAAGAGCUCCGACACGACGAAUUAGAGCUCUAA